GCUCAAAAGAUUUUGGACCAGCACAACAUAUAUCGUCUUUGCCACCAGGCGCCGCCGUUGCGUUGGGAUGAAGGCCUGGCCGCGGCCUCAACCACAUACGCGCAGAGCCUUGCUGAUGCCGGCUGCGCGCUGCGCCACUCAGCUUGGGGAGGCUAUGGCGAAAAUCUAAUGGCGCAGAGGGGCUUUCCACGGGUUGAUGCAACCUGCCUCCCUGCGGUGAAAGGCUGGUACUCGGAAGUCAAGGACUACGAUUGGGAUGCAGCUCGGCUGUUUGCCGACAAUUGGGCCCGCGGCACAGGACACUUCACGCAGGUCGUAUGGAAAGGCACGUCCUUCCUGGGCUGCGGCAUGGGCAUGGCCGGUCUGACCAUGCAGCUUGGCAGCACUACGUACAAGGGGUCUUGCAAAGUGGUGGUGUGCCGUUACCGUGCACCUGGGAACUACGCCUACGACUUGUCCUUCCUGCGAAAUGGUGAGCGUGAGUGA